AUGCCGCCUUGCGGUAUGGCACUGUUGCAUGUGGUGGGCAUGAUGGAGUGUGUGUUGGGGUGGGGGUAGAGGGAGGCUGCAGGCAGUAACAGUACAAAGCCUCAGUGUGUGAAAAGCUUCCCUACGCCCACCGUCACCGCUCGUCUCCCCUCAACCUCAGUGUGGCGACCAGCAGCAGCCACAUGACGGCCAACACAUAUGUUCAUGUGCCAAACACCAGUUGGUAGUUCGUUGAUGUUCGUAAGUGUUCAUAUGUCGAGCACCAGCUGGUAGACUAUUGAUCAACGUAAGUGUUCAGGCACCAAACACCAGCUGGAAGAUCCUUGAUAAAGACGUUUUCAGGCGCCCAUCACCAGCUAGUGAAUAACACAAGAGUUCAGGCGCCUAGCACCGGUCAGAAGAACGAAGAUUGACACAAUGGCUGACGGCAAAGAAAUAGGGUUAAUGAUACUGCGACUGUUGGUAGGGCUGCUAUACACGGUGUACUGCAUGCUGGAGGCCUUGGUGCUCACCCUCAUCCCUCGCAGGUACCGCAGGAAAAACAUCAAAGGCAAUAUCGCCCUGGUGACGGGCGGAGGCUCUGGCAUCGGCCGCCUCAUGUGUCGUCAACUUGCAGCUAAGGGCGCCAUCGUUGUUACCUGGGAUGUUAAUGAGGCAGGCAACUUGGAGACUGUGCGACAAGUGGUGGAAAAGGGGGGACAAUGUCGCGCCUACACUGUGGACCUUUGCAACAGACAUGCUAUUUACUCGACUGCUACUAGGGUCAAGGAGGAGGUGGGCAAGGUCGACAUCCUAAUCAACAAUGCAGGAGUUGUCACCGGAAAGAAUCUCCUUGACUGUCCCGAUGAAAGUAUUAUCCGGACUUUUGACGUGAACAUACUGAGUCACUUUUGGACAACCAAGGCCUUCCUAGGAGACAUGAUAUCUCGUGGCAAAGGUCACAUCGUCACCAUUGCCUCAGCCGCCGGCAAGUUUCCCUGCAAUCGCCUCGUUGACUACUGCUCCUCCAAGUAUGCUGCUGUCGGCUUCGAUGAUACCCUCAGACUGGAACUGAUGGCUGAGGGUCACACUGGUAUCAAGACGACAGUGGUGUGCCCAGUCUUCAUAACUACGGGCAUGUUUGAAGGAUUCCAGAGCAAGUAUUUCCCAAUUUUGAAACCUGAGUAUGUAGCGGAGGAGGUGGUUGAUGCCAUGCUGCUCAACACCCCAGUGCUCAUGCUGCCAUACACCUUAAAGAUAAAUCUCCUCCUCAAUCUUAUAUUACCACAAAAGGUGCUUUUGUACCUGAGUAACGUGCUGGAUAUCACCCACUCGAUGGACAACUUUGUAGGGAGGAGGAAGAACCAGUGAAAUGGUACAGGUGGUCCUGUUCCUUCAGUUUGUAAUGGAUGUUAGUACAGUUAUAGCCAUAAAUAUCUACCAGAAGCAGAUUAAGAAAAUAGAAGACAAGUAUUUACAUUUGCAAAUUCAGUAGAUGACUGAACUACAGCAGUUUAUGAAAGCCUUAAGGAGGUGCAAGAUGUGUGUCACGGAAAUUAAUGUAAAUAAACCUUAACCCAUUUUUAAAUGUCAACUAUUAUUUCACAUUUUGUGAUUGCUUUCUGCGUGAUUUCUCAAUUUACAUGGACAGUUUAGGGCACACGACUUGACAGUUAUUAGAAAUUAAGAUUUCUGCAAAAAAAAAAAAAAGAUGGAUUUAGGCAACAGAAGCAGUUUAUCACAACUUGAUAAGUUACUUUUAGAUUAUUAUAAUCAAAAAGAAGCGCUAAGCCACAAGGACUAUACAGCAUGUUACUUUUAGAAAUCUUUUGUAUCCUCGCUGACAGUGAUAGCACACACCUGCUUGGCACCUGCCAGAGUGAUGGGUGACACCUGCAUGACUUCUCUUUACAAUUACAUCUGGUAAUAUAGUCCAUAUCUUUAACACCUAAUUGUAGAUAAAAGUAUUCAGUUUCUUUGAAUUGGUCAGAAAUUAUCUUCGUGUUUUUAAAAUUGAUUAUCAGUAAAAAUGUAUGGGACACCUUAUAUGUAACAUAUACUGUAAAAUAAAAGUUUAUAAUAAUAUACUUAUGUCUGUAACUGCUGGUGCUGCUAUUACAUUUUGUAAAUUGUCUUUUUUGUAACACUAUAUUAAUUAGCAUUACUCAUUAUAGGUCUACCUGAGCCAUUGAUGUAGUGGCUGUCAACCAGUAACUAAGUAUUGAAUGAACGUAAAGAAAAUCUUCCAGUUAGAGUCUUUCUUUACUUUGUCAUAUUUAAAUAGAAGCAUCACGAUAAGGCAAGAGAGUGAAAAACCAGACUCACUUAGGAGUCUUUAACAUAAAACAUUAACAUUAAACACAUUAUAAACCCAUAAGGGUAUGUAUGUGUAAAUGUCUGUGUAGUACAAUCAGAUCUCUUACAGUAUCAUCAUAACGACUAUUGCUUAUCGAUAAUAGUUUAUAUACUACGAGGUGGGAACUACAGUAGGUAAUGUAGGAAUAAUCCAGCAAACAUCCCAAUACAUUAUUUCACUUGCAUAAUGUGUAUUAAUUUCAGAAAAUGAGGAGUUGGUCACAUGACCUGCCUCAAUAUUCAGCAACAUCUGGUCCUCUUUGAUGUCUCUGAGAAUGUGUUCUUGAAGAUUAUGAGGAUAAUUAAGUAUUGCAUGCAGCUAUCAUGUUAGGAUCAUGAGUGGACAGACACUCAUGGUGGACAGUAACAGAACAAGCUAUGUACAAAUAAUAUAAAAAUGUCUUAUAAUAAAAUCUGUGGAAAAUGUAAUAGAAGUGAAUAUUUAGUCAUUAUUUGACUUGAUAUUCAACAACAUAAAUACUGAAAAUUAGACACAUGUGCAACAUCUGGGCAUCUUUAUUGUAUACAAAUUUAAGAAUUUGUAUUGAUAAAGGCACUGGAUGGCGAAACGUCUUCAAUAAAGAUACCCAGAUGUUGCACGUGUGUAAUUUUCAUCUUGUCAGUACUGUAUGCCAUUCUGUCGUAUUGUGAAUAUCUUCCAAGAAAUAUUAUAUUCAUAUUAAUUU